CGCGAACCCAGCGUGAUCUUUUUCCGGUUUAUCGUGAUAUUGUACAGACGGCACAAUGAAAGCUAAGGGUGAACUAAAGGAGUUCGAAGUGAUCGGACGCAAGUUGCCGACCGAAAAAGAAAAAACGACGCCUUUGUACAAAAUGAGAAUAUUUGCACCCGAUGCUAUCGUUGCAAAGUCAAGAUUUUGGUACUUCUUACGUCAGUUAAAAAAAUUCAAGAAGUCCACCGGAGAGAUCGUAUCUCUUAAACAGAUUUCAGAGAAAACUUUGACAAAAAUAAAAAAUUUUGGAAUUUGGUUGAGAUACGACUCGAGGUCCGGAACUCACAAUAUGUACAGAGAGUACAGAGAUCUUUCUGUCAGCGGUGCCGUAACACAGUGUUACAGAGACAUGGGAGCUCGUCAUCGCGCUCGUGCUCAUUCCAUCCAAAUUAUUAAAGUCGAAGUUGUAAAAGCUGAGAAUUGCCGAAGACCUCAGGUCAAACAAUUCCACGAUUCCAAAAUCAGGUUCCCGUUACCAAAACGUAUUCAUCAUAAGAAUCGUAUGCCACUCUUUAGCGUUCGAAAACCACGUACCUAUUUCCUUUAAAUACUUUCUGACUAG